CGUGCGUGGUGACGAACAUAACCUGGAUAAUCGGAGUGCUGAAAUUUUUGUUUACGUUCUUUUUUAAUAUAUAUAUAUAAUAAAAAUAGUAAAAAAAUUAGUAGUGUCCAUUUGUAAAUAAUGGAAAAUAAUUGUGAUUUAAUAAAAACAAUUGAAGACGAUCAGGAUGUUCCCGAUUAUUCGGAACCAUCGGAUGAAGAAGAUGACUUUCAGCCAAGAAAACAGAAGAAAAAAGAGCGUAAAGAUUUUGAAAAUGAUUUUCAAUUUAUAAAUAAUACAUCGGAAUAUAAUGAGGAUCCAUGGAAUGAUUUAAAUAAAUAUAUUAAACGUAAAGCAAAAACAAAACUCGAUGAUAAAAUAAAAAAAGCUCGUUUAGAACGUAAGAAUGAAUUAAAUGAAGACGAUUUAGAGGUGAAAGAAAUUCACGAGGCUGAUACAAUUUAUCUUUCUGACGAGGAUUUAAAGAAAGAUGUAUUUAAAACAAAGGAAAAGAAAGGGAAAAAAUUUGUGAAAGAAAAGGAUAAGGAAUUGAUGGAUUUUGAGGAAUGUUCCAAUUAUGAUACGUCUGCAACUUUUUACCAGAUGAAUCUCUCGAGGCCUUUAAUGAAGGCGUCGGCGUCAAUGAAUUUUAUUCAUCCAACGCCAAUUCAAGCGGCGACAAUUCCAGUUGCUUUAAUGGGUCGCGAUAUUUGUGGUUGUGCCGCAACUGGAACGGGCAAAACGGCGGCUUAUAUGCUGCCAACAUUGGAAAGAUUACUUUACAGACCAGUUGAAGGCGCUGCGAUUACUCGAGUUCUCGUUUUGGUUCCAACAAGAGAAUUGGGCGUUCAAGUUUAUCAAGUCACAAAACAAUUGGCACAAUUCACGACCAUUGAAAUUGGUUUGUCCGUUGGUGGUCUCGAUCUUAAAGUUCAGGAAUCAGUGUUGAGAAAAAAUCCAGAUAUCGUAAUUGCGACUCCUGGUCGUUUAAUUGAUCAUUUAGCGAAUACACCGUCUUUUUCCUUGGACACAAUUGAGGUUUUAAUUUUAGAUGAAGCCGAUAGAAUGUUGGACGAAUAUUUUGCGGAGCAAAUGAAACAUAUUGUGAGACAAUGUUCAAGAACACGUCAAACUAUUCUUUUCUCAGCGACAAUGACUGAGGAAGUUAAAGAUUUAGCCGCCGUUUCAUUGGAGCGGCCAGUUAAAGUUUUCGUCGACAGUAAUCAGGACGUGGCUUUCAAUUUGAGACAAGAAUUCAUUCGCAUCCGCAAGGAGAGAGAAAGAGAUCGUGAGGCAAUUUUAGCGGCACUUAUUUGUCGUACAUUUCACGAUCAUACGAUGGUUUUUGUACAAACAAAAACACAAGCGCAUCGACUUCAUAUUUUACUCGGAUUAUUGGGAGUCAAUGUUGGUGAAUUACAUGGAAAUUUAACGCAACCGCAACGUUUGGAGAAUUUACGAAAAUUUAAAGACGAGGAAAUUGACGUUUUAAUUGCAACCGACGUCGCUGCUCGCGGUUUAGAUAUCAGUGGGGUUAAAACUGUUAUUAAUUUUGUUAUGCCCGCAACAUUACAACACUACAUUCAUCGAGUUGGAAGAACGGCAAGAGCUGGACGUGCGGGUGUUUCGGUAUCAUUGGCCGGCGAACAGGAGCGAUCACUUGUUAAAGAAGUGAUAAAACAAGCGCGAAAUCCAGUGAAAAAUCGUAUAAUACCACCGGAUAUUAUUGAGAAAUAUUAUAAAAAAUUGGAAUCAUUUGCCGAUGAUAUAACACGUAUUUUAGAUGAGGAGAAACAUGAGCGAGAACUUGCAAAAUUAGAAAAUCAAGCAAAUAGAAUGGAGAAUUUAUUGAAAGGAAGCGAGGGACAAACGCGAACUUGGUUCCAAACAAAGAAAGAGCGAAAGGACGAAAAAGAAAGAUUGCAAUUAACGGAAAAGAAAUCGACGCAAUUGAAGAAGGAAAAAUUGAAGGAAAAGGAAAAUGGUAAGGAAAAUAAAAAGAAGAAACAAGAUAAAAAAAAUGAACCAAUUGAUGAAGCUGAGGAGCGUGUUAAUAAGGAAUUGGAAAAAGUUGCAGCAUUUCAAGCGCGUGCUGCUAAACGAAUGAAUAAACAAAAGAAAAUUCGUACUGUCGUUGAGAAUGAUUAUCAUUCGAUGGAUAAGAAAAAAUUGAAGAGAAAAGCAAAAUCAUCAUUUGUUGAGGAUUUAACAGACACAAGUCGCAAAGGAGUCAAACGAAUGCGUUACGAGGCAAAUAAAAAAAGUCCGAGAAAAUUUCCAGGCGCCAAAAAAGGACAGAAAAAAGGUGAUAAUAAAUUUACAUCGAGAGGGAAGGGUCCAAAAAAAUCUUUUGGAAAACGUUGACGAAAAAAAAAACAAACAAAAAAGGAAUUUUUGUCAAAGAAAAAGAAAUGACAAAGAAAACAAAAAUCAAUCUCGAACGAAAGAAAAAAAAUGAAAAUAAAAUGAAAUUAUUUUUGAAUUUCGCAAAACUAAUUUUUUUUUGUAAAUAAAAAAAGAUUUUUAAAUUGAAAUUUUGUUUUUUCUUAAUUUUUUUUUUUUUAUUAUAGAUCCAAUACAAUACUUGCGGUCACAAAAAUUUUGACAAUUCAAAUGACUUUAAAAUCUGCUUUCUCUUGUUUCGUCGGGAAAUUUCAGCACUCGAUUUUCUUUUUUUUGUAUCAAAAAAAAAACUUAUUCGUCGUUAUUUUUUUUAGAAUACCAAAUUUUUUCUAAGAAUUGUAAACAAAAAUUUUAACGAUUCUUUUUUUAUUUCUAUAUGGUGAAAUAAAAUUCGUACUGGAAUUUCAUUGAAGAAAAUAGAAAAAUGCAGUUCCAUGUGUUUUUUUUUAUUUUUUAUUUACUUUCUAGAUUUUUAUUUACCUUAACUUCAAAAAUUAUUAAUUAUAAUUAAUAUUAUUACUUAUUUCCUUAAUAUUUUUUUUUUUUUGUUUUGUUUUUAUUUUAAACUUCACUUAACUUUUUUUUUUUUUUCUUCACUUAUUCAUUAUUAAAUUCUUACUUGUUUAUCAAUUAAUCAAUUAAUUUAAAAUAAUUCAUCAUGCUUAAAAAUUAUAUUUUUUUUUUUAUAAUCUGAAAAAACGACGGCACAUUCGAUGAAAGGAAAAAAAAAUAGAAAAAAAAAAUAUAUAUAUAUAUAUAUCACACAUCUCAUUCACACACAUUCUUUUCUUUUUUGUAUUAAAAAAAAAAAAAAAGAACAAUUAAACAAUAGCGAGAAUCUCGCGUAAGAAAAAAAUUUAUAUAUAUAUUUAUAAAUAAGAACACGGCCUGGAAAAAAUGGAAAAAAAAAUUUUUUCCAAGAAAGUUGAAUUAAAUAUUUAUAUUUCUAACUUAAUUUCAAAAAAUUUUCCUUUCUUUUUCUCCAAAUAUUUAUAAAAAUAAAACAAAGACAAAAAAAAAAACGAUUCAACUUUCUUGGUAGAAAAAUUAUUUUUUUUAUAUAUUUAGAGAAAAAAAAAAAACUGUUUCGCAAUCAGAAUUCUAAAUAAAUUAACAAACUCUUUUUUUUCAACCACAAAUUGCAUUUAAAUAAUAAUAAUAAUAAUAAUAAUAAUAAUUCUCAAUACUUUACACAAAACAAAUUAAUUUUCGUCAAAAACGGAUUUUUUUUUGCAAAAUUUAAUAUUUUCACACAAUGUGCAAUUAAAAUUUUUUUUAUUUUUUUUUAUAUAAAUAAAUGAAAAUUAAUUUUUUCAUUUUAUAAAGAAAUGAAAAUUAAUUUUUUCACUUUAUAAAUAAAUGAAAAUUAAUUUUUUCACUUUAUAAAUAAAUGAAAAUAAAUUUUUUUCAUUUUAUAAAUUAAUGAAAAUUAAUUUUUUCAUAUUAUAAAUAAAUGAAAAUUGAAUAAAUUUUUUCGUAUAUAUAUAAAAAAAAACAGAAUACAUAUAUAUAUAUAGAAGGGGGGGACAAAAAAAAAUUUUUUUUCAAAAUAAACUCCCUUGAAAUUCAAAGAGAAAAAAAAAAUCAUUUUUUUUUUCUUUUAUAUUUAGAAAAGAAAAAACAAAUACGCGAAAAUUCGCAAUUUUUUUUUUUUUGUUGUUUGUUAAAGAGCAAAAUUCUAUCAAGUGUGUGUGUGUGUCUUUCUGUGUACAAAUAGGAGAUGAAAAAAAAAAAAAAUAAUAAUCAAUUAACGUCAUAGAUAAAAUUCUAUCCUAAAAAUUGUUGAAAUUAUGAAACAAUUCUCGAAAUUUUGAAAACAGAAAAAAAAAAAGAAAA